CUGCGUCUAUUAAUAUACAUGGAAGCCCUGCUUACAUUGACAAAACUGCAGAUAUAAUAAAUUAAUUUCUGCAAACAUGUCUACAAAGAAAUCUAUCCAUUCUCUCCCUCUUAUCUUCAUCUUGAUCUUCACAGGGCUUGUUGCUGCGAAUGAAGAUGGAAAGAAGGAAUUCUACAUUGUUUAUCUUGAAGAUCAUAUAGUGAAUAGUGUUUCUGCAGUAGAAACGCAUGUCAAUAUCCUCUCAUCUGUCAAGAAAAGUGAGUUUGAAGCUAAGGAAUCCAUUGUAUACAGCUAUACAAAGAGCUUUAAUGCAUUUGCAGCGAAGCUAUCUAAAGCUGAAGCCGCUGAGUUAUCACGCUUGGACCAAGUUCUUUCUGUUUUCCCAAAUAAGUAUCACAGACUCCAUACUACUAAAUCAUGGGAUUUCAUUGGACUUCCUAGCAAAGCAAGAAGAAAUUUGAAAAUGGAGAGAAACAUAGUUGUGGGUCUGCUCGAUACAGGCAUUACUCCGGAAUCGGAGAGCUUUAGAGGUGAUGGAUUUGGUCCUCCACCAAAGAAAUGGAACGGCACUUGUGGCCACUUUGCUAAUUUCACAGGAUGCAACAACAAACUUAUAGGAGCAAGAUAUUUCAAGCUUGAUGGCAAUCCAGACCCAAAUGACAUAUUUUCUCCGGUAGAUGUGGAUGGCCACGGGACUCACACAUCAUCAACUGUAGCAGGCAAUCUAAUUCCUGAUGCAAGCCUUUUUGGGCUAGCAAGAGGUGCUGCUAGAGGUGCAGUGCCAGCUGCUAGGGUGGCCAUGUAUAAAGUAUGUUGGGCUAGCUCAGGUUGCUCGGAUAUGGACAUACUUGCAGCAUUUGAAGCUGCCAUAACUGAUGGAGUUGAUGUAAUCUCAGUAUCUAUUGGUGGGGCGACUGCUGAUUAUGUGUCUGACUCAUUAGCAAUCGGCGCAUUUCAUGCAAUGAGAAAGGGUAUUAUUACUACAGCCUCUGCUGGAAAUGAUGGACCCUCUUCUGGUACUGUGGCGAACCAUGCACCUUGGCUCUUGACAGUAGCUGCUAGCGGCAUUGAUAGGCAGUUUAGGAGCAAAAUUGAGUUGGGUAAUGGGAAGACAGUCUCUGGUGUUGGGGUUAAUUCAUUUGAAUCAAAGCAGCAACUGUACCCACUUGUCAGCGGAGCUGAUGUAGCUAGGAACUCUGCAAACAAGGACAAUGCGAGGUUUUGUCUGGAUGGAUCAAUGGAGCCGAGUAAGGUGAAAGGAAAGCUUGUUUACUGUGAGCUACAGGUAUGGGGUUCUGAUUCUGUUGUUAAAGGAAUUGGAGGGAUAGGUGCUGUUGUUGAAAGCGCACAAUUUCUUGAUGCUGCUCAAAUUUUCAUGACACCGGGGACCAUGGUCAAUGUCACUGUUGGUGAUGCCAUAAAUGAUUAUAUACAUUCUACGAAAUCGCCGUCAGCAGUUAUAUAUAGAUCCCAUGAAGUGAAAAUCCCUGCUCCAUUUGUCGCUUCAUUUUCUUCUCGAGGGCCAAAUCCACUAUCAGAACAUCUUCUUAAGCCUGAUGUUGCAGCACCAGGCAUUGACAUUUUGGCAUCUUACACUCCUUUGAGGUCACUUACUGGACUAAAAGGCGACACCCAGUAUUCAAAAUUCACACUUAUGUCUGGAACCUCCAUGGCCGGUCCUCAUGUUGCUGGUGUUGCUGCUUAUGUAAAGUCAUUCCAUCCUAAUUGGUCCGCAGCAACAAUCAAAUCUGCCAUUCUCACCACAGCCAAACCUAUGAGUCCGAGAGCUAAUAACGAUGCAGAGUUUGCCUAUGGCGCUGGUCAAGUAAAUCCUACUAGGGCCAGAAAUCCUGGUUUAGUGUAUGACAUGGACGAGAUGUCUUAUAUACAAUUCCUAUGCCACGAAGGCUAUCGUGGAUCCUCUCUAGCAGUUUUAAUUGGCAAAAAAUCCAUAAAUUGCUCAUCUUUGCUUCCUGGAUUCGGCUAUGAUGCACUUAACUAUCCUACCAUGCAGCUUAGUGCUAGAAAUGACAAGCAGCCAACUGUUGGAGUUUUUCGACGGACAGUAACCAAUGUAGGUCCUUCUCCUUCUAUCUUCAACGCCACUAUUAAGGCACCUAAAGGAGUUGAAAUCACAGUAGAACCCAUGAGCCUCUCUUUCUCUCACGCCUUGCAAAACAGGAGUUUCAAGGUUGUGGUUAAGGCAAAACCCAUGUCAAGUGGACAAUUAGUGUCAGGUUCACUUGUAUGGAAAAGCUUUCAUCACGUUGUAAGGAGCCCAAUUGUCGUUUUCAAGCCACUGGACUAGGAACCGAAAUAUCAGAAAUAGAAGUUACAAUUCAAGAAAAAGAAAAAGAUGAAAGAAAGCUGGUGUGCUUUUGUAAUCUUUAUACUUUUUGUACUGAAGUAUCUUGCUAAAUUAAUUAUGUGUUUCAAUAUUUGAAAAUAACGAAAUCUGGGAAUAUCUCAUCUGUUUUUUUUUCUUGA